AAAAUCCUAUGGCUGAUCCAAAAAUAGAACUAUUUAAUUGUAACCAGCUCACAACAUUACACGACCAAUCGGUCGAGGAUUCAAUAAACCUUUAAAAAUAUUCAUAAUAUUUGUGAGAUUUUCUAGAUGUGAACUCUUAAUGGCUACAUUUCAAUGUUUAUUUAAUAGUAAAUUUCACACUUCGCGCAUAAUUAUAGGUACAUGGUGGACUUAUCGUUUGGUAACUUCGCAGUUUCAAUUUUUAAAACAUUUGUGCGUUGAUUGUGAACAUGGUAAUAUAGGUAAUUAUUAAAAAUUAAUCAACAUAUUUCGAUGUCUUUAUUGAAUCAUGAAGUGUUGGCUAAUCCUUCUAUACUUAUGUAGGAUUAAAACAAUACAAACAAAUCAAAUCUAUAAUGAUUCGAAACUAUCAACCCAUAGGGAUAAAUUAAAAGUAGAAUCCUCAAAAUGGGCAGGAGUGGACAGCUACGCCGGUUUCAUUCCAGUCAAAAAGGAGUAUGAUUCGAAUCUCUUCUUCUGGUAUUUUCCGACAAGAAAUGCCGGCGAUGACACGCCGUGGAUAAUAUGGCUGCAUGGAGGCCCGGGUGUGUCUUCUUUAGUUGCGGUUUUUGAAAUAAACGGACCGUUCGUAAUAAGAGAUGAUAAAGUGCAUUUGAGGGACUCUUCAUGGACGAAGGAUUACUCAGUGUUGUACAUCGACAAUCCUGUCGGUGCUGGCUUCAGCUAUACACGCAACGACAAAGGAUAUACGAGCAGUGAAGACGAAGUAGGCGGCCAUCUGCUGGAAUUUCUACGGCAGUUCCUGGAAAUAUUUCCGGAGCAGCGUCAACGGCCACUAUUUGUAGCAGGCGAGUCAUAUGCGGGCAAAUACGUUCCUACGCUAGCUGCGAUAUUGCAUAGGAACCGACAUGAGCCUGCCCAUCAAGUCAAUUUGAGGGGUGUGAUGAUAGGCAAUGGGCUGAUCGAUCCGCGAAGCAUGAUGCACUAUACGGACUUUUGUCUCGUCCUCGGCCUGUUGGACGAUGAGCAGGGUAAAGUCUUAAGGAAGUUGGAGACGGACGCCGUAAAACUCCUUGAUGCUGGAAGGAUGGUGGAUGCGGCUAAUAAAUUCAACGAAACCAUAGAAUACAUCAAAAAGCACAGCGGCGUCAGUUUCUUGAAUUUCAACGAAGAUGGACCAGCAAUGUACACGUUUCUGGAGUUUCUGAAUAAAGCUGACGUCAGGCAAAGCAUCCACGUUGGCAACACGACGUUCAACGUCAACAACCAGCUGGUUUACGAGAAGAUGCUGCCGGAUUUUAUGAAUACAACUAAACCUUUUGUGGAAGAGCUGCUUGAACAUUACGGGGUGCUGUGUUAUAGUGGUCAGUUCGACGUGAUCUUGCCGUACUGGGGGUCGAAACACACGUAUGCUUCGCUACAAUGGUCUGGUCGAAGUGAAUACGACGAAGCUCCACGGACGCAGAUGAAGGACGAUACGGGUCAAGUGGUUGGCUACAAGAAGAGCGGCGGGCGGUUCACCGAAACGUUAAUACGAGGAGCAGGUCACAUGGCUCCGAAAGACAAGCCCCUUGUGGUUAAAGCCAUGAUCGAAGACUUCAUACACAGAUAUAGCAAAACAGUUACAAGUUCCUAGUACAUUUUAUAAUAUUAAAUUACUGUUAUAUAAUACAACACCUAUUAAGUGUGCUCGUAGAGCAUGACAUUGUUCGGUAGUUGCUUUGAGUAAAGAGAUAGCUGGACUUACUAAAAGCCACGAUGGAUUGCCGGGUGUUGAUUAAAACAUGGUUAAACGCGUUUCAAGAUUAGUUUUUCAUUAGCUGCACACGUCCACGAUAGUUCAUUGCAUAAUAAGCUAUCAAUAUUACACUUUAUACCUACUACAUGAAUGAGCAAAACACAAAAACAUAUUCUCGAGACGUCUUCGCCAUCUUGAAUCACAACGACAACCUCAGAUACAUACUUAACAUUAUUAUUAUCUAAGCUAUAAAAAGAAUACCCCGUCAGGAAGAUCCUCCUGUGGCAUUGAUCCUAUAACGCUUUACUAUAUGAACGUUUUUCUUUUUUUGUGAGUACGAUCAAGGAAUUUGAUUUUCGUCUUAUCACGUUUGGUAUUGUUGACCAUUGACAAUUACAAAUUGAACCGUAAACCGAUACCACAAAAUAAAAAAUAAACAGAAGGUCCGUUCUCGCCGUUCUUGAAAAUACAUACCUAAACUUGCCCGACUCACUAGGGUUGCUUCUGUAUUAAUUUCGAAUUUUAAAAAUGAGUAGGUAAUAUAAGUUUACAGACAUACAUACAUAGAUUCGUUUAUACAUACAUCUUAUCAUGUUUACAUUCCUUAGAGACUGCAUUUUGACGUACAUGACAGUAGGUACCUACGUAGCGGGCGGCGGGGACGUCAAGUGAGCAACGCGCGCACAGCCGGACUAAGCUCUGCCCGAGAGUGCCCGAGAACGCCUGUAAAUGUAACGUCUGUGUGCGUAAAUGCCACGUCUGUGUGCGGGCGGCGAAAAUGGCACUUUGUACUGAGCGGACUCUCUGCUCCGACGCCCGCCGCGCCGCUAUUUACUGUGUCGAUACGGACUAUUACGGUUUACGGUUCAAUUUGUAAUAGUUAAUGAUCAAUUAUAAUUAACAUUCGGCCAACACUGGUCAUGUUGACAAUAAUAUAGGUAAUAUAAGUUUGCUCGCGAAUUUCAUAUUGAUUGUGACAAGUUAAAAAGUGGCACAGAAAUCAAAUAUGGUAGAACUUUUAAAUAGCGUAGUCAUCAACUCAUCACAAACAUUUUUUUUGUUUUUUGCUCAUUAAUGUUGUUUAAAGUGUAAUAUUGAUAGCUUAUUAUGCAGAAACUUACGUUUAAGUGUGCAGCUGGUGAAUAAUUAGUCGUGAAAGGAAUUUAACCAUAUUUAGUCAACACCCGGCGAUCCAUCGUUGCUAUUUGGAAAGUCUAGCUAUCAAUUUACGAGCACACUUUUGAUAUCGGCGAAAUCAUCAUAUAUUGAAGACAUGUUUUUAAAAGGAGCAGACUGUGCCAUAAUAGUACUACCGUACAGAAAUGACACUUCCUACAAAACCGAAGUUUGACAGCGAUUCAGGGACGAAUUACGCUGUACCUUUUAAUGUAUGGCACUAUCCCUUUCGGCCAUUUUGGGUUUUCAAAAUUCAAGUCAUUAUCUUAUCUGUGUUCGUGCACGUAUAGGGACGUCAAGUUGCGCCAACCCUAAUAAUUGCUCGGAGCAAUGCCGAGCCGAAUGGAGCCUAGAAAUGCCGAAAGGAGGAGUGUCACCCCAUCAACUGUACAUGUAACAUUGUCCAUUUGUUUCUUAUGCUUUCAGCCAGUUAGUCAUAGAACCAUUAAUAAAUUACGUAUAUGAACGUAAAUACUCUCCAUGAAACCCGAAAAGCUAAUUAAAAUGACGUGCGCUCUCCGAAAACGCAAUAUGAUAAUUCAAUUUACAUACGAUUAAAUGUUAAAGUGACUUCUAUAACUGUGUUUUCAUAAUUUAUAACAUCAGAGUAUGGAUAGAAAUGGCUAACAAGUUUUGUGCCGUGUUACUGGACCAUUUUUAUAUGUAACACAUGAUUAUAAAUGCAAUAAAUAAAUUAUGAAUUAUUAUUUAAUUGUAUUAAUGGUGCUAGGUUGGCCCUUAUUUCGUCGAAGUUAUAUUUUUCUACGAGGCACCUGUUUAAUUUAAAUCGAUUACUAAAUAACAAAUUAUUAUUUUUCAUUUUUAAAUACAUUUUAGGGGUCGCUGCUGCACUUAAUAUUUGGACCCUCUAUGCAAGAUGUUUUGUUUUUUCAAUUUUUCAAUGUGGUUUUUUUUUUAAUUUGUGUUUAUAGGAACGGCAAGUACUUAUGGUGGCAUCUUAAAAUCAAUACUGAGGACUCCUAAAAUAUUCAUAAAAUAAGUAAAAAAAAAACGCAUCAUAAGUAAAGUUGCACAUUAAUACACCAUGACUUAUAAACGAAAAAAAAAAUAGAAAAAAAUUGUAUGGGGGGGGGGGGGGUUCAAAUUUUCAGUGCGAAAGCGACUCCUAAAAUGUAUAUAAAGGUUCUAAAAAAAAUUGCAUUGAUUUUUUUGUGCUAGAUACAUUUUACACCAAGCGGGUGCCCGUAGGAAGCUAACUUCGACGAAAUAAGGACCACCCUAAUCCACACCACUUAACUUUUGUGGAGCAACAUUGUGCAACAUGUUAACAUUAUAUCUGGCGCGUAGAAUGAUGCUAUACGUAACUUUUGUGGCUGCAGGUAGUUACCUAAUAUAGAAAUGACACUUGGAAACGUUGUUCUACGGAAAUUCAACUUAUGUCGAGAAUUAAGCGAAGAUGUGUGUGCUGGAGAUUCUUCCCUGCUACACCUCGGUUUUAAAAUAGCUUUUCAUGGACCACAUGCUAAUCAAAACCAUCUGAAAUAAUAAGAACAAUGCCUCCUCUAGCCCUAAAAUACAAUAUUUAUGACAUCCCAAAGGAUCAACACUCAUUAAUAGAAAACAUGCUAAUCGUCUGAAAUAAUUAUAUGAACAUUAAUUUGUUAUUUCUUCUGGUUUUUAACUAAUUAAUAAGGUAGCCCAUGUUUAUGCAACAAAUUCUGUAAUUUAUCAAUUUACGAGUAUUCAUUAAUUACAUUAACGGCGAAAACGCUGAAUCACCUAAAAGCCGAAGAUAAUCAAGUGACGUACGAGAUAAACACAGGGUGCUUUAUGUUUUGGAGCUUAAAUAAAAGCAUCAGUUCUACUCAACGUAAACAGAUUUUUGUCUAUUUUGUUUUAAUAAACAAAUAAGUGAAAAA